AUGUCUGGUGAAAACAUUUUGUGUUUACUGUCGACAAAACUGAAUCACAAAUACGAACUGGAGUGCCAAAGAACCAAACAGCUAGAAGACAAGUGUUACCAUCUGACGGAAGCUACCAAUUUGUGCCAUUGCAAGGAUGCCGAACAAAGAGAACGGGAGAUGCGAAAGUGGUAUACGAAGAAGAUAGAAACCCUUGAAUUGAAAUGGUCCGAAAAGUACAACACCCUGUUUCAAUCUCUAAAGAACGUUACAUCUCUAGUGGACCAACUGAAGAUGCUAAAGGAGGCUUUCAGAGAGGCAAAAGAACACGUAAAGGAUGACCUGGAAGUUUGCAGAGCACAGAUACGCUCAAUGCAUGAACGCUCGACCCAGAUUGUGGAGAGGAUUUGCAAGCAGGAGAGUAAGAAUCCAAGAUCUGUCCAAAACAAUUGUUCAUGUAAAGAGGAACACUCGCGCGUUCUGCGUACGAUGUUUGAAGAAAUGAAUAAAAAAGAAGCUAUGCAGCAACGCCUCACCAAGAAACAGGAGGACCUACAAAGUCUCAAUAAUCAACAAGCGGUAACAAUCGAGAUGCUACGAGCAACGGUACAACGAGAAUGUGAAGAGCGCGAGGAAUUAAAAGCAACUCUCCUGCGGACAAGAGAACAUCUCCUACACAUCUACAGAGACCCAAAUUCAAAAACAUCCAAACAGCGACUAGGGCAGAACGAGGACGAAAAGUUGAAAGCGCCGGUCUUGUCAUCAACCAAGUCGGAAUCCUCAACUGAAGCCAGAGAAACAAAGUUGAACCCCCAAGCAAGAAUUGGUCCGAGGCCAUCAGAUACUCGGAAACCAACUAAAAACAGUAAGGGGCCGCCUGGACUGUCAGUGACCAAAAGGCGCGUGGCGGCUAUACUUUCAGCCGCAAUCAACCGCCCGAAUCAGUCGACGUGA